AUGACAGCCAAUAUUGGAGCAUUAAAAGAUGUUGCUAAUAGACUUCGUAUAGCAUCUAUUGAAAUGACUUCUGUAGCCAAGUCUGGACAUCCAACUUCAUCAACAUCUGCUGCUGAAAUUGUGGCUACACUUUUCUUUAAUGAAAUGAAAUAUGAAGUUUCUUCACCAAAAGCUCCUUAUUCUGAUCGUUUUGUUCUCUCAAAAGGCCAUGCCUGUCCAGUUCUUUAUGCUGCUUGGGAAGAAGCUGGUCUCCUUUCUCAUGAACAAAUUCUUUCACUUAGAAAAAUUGAUUCUGAUAUUGAAGGCCACCCAACACCAAGACUUAAUUUCAUUGAUGUUGCUACAGGAUCACUUGGACAGGGUCUUUCUAUUGCUGCUGGUAUGGCUUGGGUUGGUAAAUAUAAAGAUAAAGCUUCUUACCGUGUUUAUGCUUUACUUGGUGAUGGAGAAACUGCUGAAGGUUCCAUUUGGGAAGCUGCUUCUUUUGCUAGCACAUACAAAUUAGACAAUUUAGUUACAAUUGUCGAUGUUAACAGACUUGGACAAUCUCAAGAAACUCAAUUGGGACAUGAUGUUGAAACGUAUGCUGCUAGAUUUAGAGCUUUUGGACAUAAUGCAAUCAUUGUUAAUGGUAAUGAUGUUGAAGAACUUCUUAAAGCUUAUGCUAUUGCUAGAAAUACUAAAGAUAAACCAACAGCAAUUAUUGCAAAAACAUUUAAAGGUGCUGGUAUUGAAGGUGUUGAAAAUUUAGAUAAUUGGCAUGGAAAACCAGUACCAAUAGAAAAAAUUGAAGCUAUUAAAGCAAAAUUAACAUCUACACAAAAAGGAACUCUUCCAAUAGCUGCACCAAUAAAAGAUACACCAGAAUUUGAUUUAAAUCUUGGAAAUAUUAAAAUUGCCACACCAUCAUACAAAUUAGGUGAUAAAGUUGCUACUCGUGCUGCCUAUGGAACAGCUCUUGUUAAACUUGGUGAUGCUUCCCCACAUAUUAUUGGUCUUGAUGGUGAUACUAAAAAUUCAACUUUUUCUGAUAAACUUUUAGCUAAAUAUCCAGAACGAUUUGUUGAGUGUUUUAUUGCUGAACAAAAUCUUGUUGGAGUUGGUAUUGGUGUAGGAUGCCGUGGACGUGCUAUUCCAUUUUGUUCUACAUUUGCAGCUUUCUUUACCCGUGCUGCUGAUCAACUUCGUAUGGGAGCUAUUUCUUUUGCUAAUCUUAAAUGUGCUGGUUCACAUGCUGGUAUUUCUAUUGGUGAAGAUGGUCCUUCACAAAUGGCUCUUGAAGAUUUAUCUCUCUUUAGAUCUGUUGCCAAUUCUGUUGUUUUAUAUCCAACUGAUGCUGUUGCAGCUGAACGUGCCGCUGAAUUAGCUGCAAAUAUUCAUGGAAUUGUUUUUAUUAGAACAGGAAGACCAGCACUUCCAGUUAUAUAUAAUAAUGAUGAACCAUUUGCUAUUGGAAAAGCUAAAGUUGUUCGUAAAUCAGACAAAGAUAACAUUGUACUUGUUGGUGCUGGAGUUACUCUUUAUGAAUGUAUUAAAGCUGCUGAUCAACUUGCUACUUCUGGAAUCAAUGCUUGUAUCAUUGAUAUUUUCUCUGUUAAACCAAUUGAUCAAAACACAUUGAUUACAGAAGCAAAACGUUGUGGUGGAAAAGUUAUUACUGUUGAAGAUCAUUAUCAAAGUGGAGGUAUUGGUGAAGCUGUAUCUUCAGCACUUGCAGAUACUGAAAAUGUUAGAGUUCGUUCAAUAUUUGUUAAAGAUAUCCCACGUUCUGGUUCACCAGAUGGGCUUUUAGAUUUAUUUGGAAUUUCUGCUCCACAUAUUGUUAAAGCUGUUAAAAAUUUUAACUAA